AUGUUGUACCAUCCACUGUUCCCUGUCGUGUUUGCGGUCGGAAAUUCGAAUGAUUCGACGAACCAGCAGAAAGAUCAAGCCCUCUACAGGCAAAAAUCAACUGGCAGCAAUCAGGAAAAUUCAUCAUCGAUGUAUCCAGAUUUAUCGCAAAAGAGGACUAUUACAUGUUACAUUUGUGGCCGAGAUUUCGGAUCCUCCAGUAUUGCUAUCCACGAGCCGCAGUGUUUAAAGAAGUGGCACGCCGAGAAUGACAAGCUAUCACCGGCUCGAAGAAGAAAGGAGCCGCAAAAACCCGAGAUUAUAUAUAUACGGUCAAGAGCACUACGUACAGAGUCGAGUGAGUCAAUUGGGCCGAAGCGAUUACACGUGCAUAUGUAUUCUCGAUCGGGAGUGCCGCCGACACGGAAAGGACAAAUCGAUAAUCAUUGACAGAACGCGGUGACAAUUUUCUCCAUCCAUGUCACUCAAUUUUCAUGUUCAGGAAAAUGCACAAGGAUUACAAGAGAGAAUUUAAUUCCGAGCGUCGCCGCAUACAUCGAGACUCGGCGAGGAUCCCCGCACAGGAAAUAUGGUAAUCGACCAGGCAGCGACGGCGGAGGUCAACUGGA